AUGGUUAGGGAGAGAUGUAGUUAGUUCCACAGAGAACUGAACACUUAUAUCUAUUCACUCAGUCUUAAUAACUCUAUCAACAUAAAUUCUCUAACUAAUCAAUCACACAUGAAUACUAAUCAAACAGAACAGUAGUUCCACUCAGAUGAUAUAAUGAAUUUAUUGGCAGAAAUUCCAUUGAUAAUUCCAAAAGAAGAAAUAAAAGUAGCACCAACUCUGAUACUCGAAGUGAUAGACUCUCCUGCUUAGUAAAAUACUCCUGCUUACAAGUACUAUCUAAAAAAGGGUUAGCAAUUCAAGAUAAAUGCUUAGGGUCUAAUUAACUCUAAAAGAAAUAAAUAAGAUGGGUAUGUGUUCUUCGGAAGUGAUGGAAACGGGGGAAAGCAAGAAUAAAAUAGUAGCUUUACCAACACACUAGGAGGAAUAUUUGGAAACUAAAAUAAAAAAGAAGUUUACAAUGAUGUAAUAUUGGGAGAAAACUUUGCCAAUAAAAAUGGUGGUGGUAAUGGUGUAAAUGCUUCACUGAAUGGCAACUAAAGCACUUAAGGCAAUUUUAACUAGGGGAACAGCAAUUAAAUGCUUACUUAAAAUCGCAGGUAGUUUGUUGUGCGAUACAAAAUGGAUACAAAGGGAUACUAUUUAAAAGAUGCUGGCGAGGGGUCAGGGACCUUUAUAUUAUCCAAUGGAUUUCUAAUAUCAUUUGGAGAUUCACACUUAGUUGUACAAAUUUAAAAGACAACAAUAGACCUCAAUGGCUAAUCCUAUACAAAGAACAAGUUGUGCUUAAAAUUUCUUGAUGGGCCAAGAGCAUAGGAAUCAUUGUAUUUAUUCUCUAAUCAUAAUAUUUCUAGCACUUUUUUACCCAACAUCAAGGAAAUAAAAAUUGGCAGAAUGAGUGAUUGUGACAUAAAAUAUAAGAAUGAUGCUUCAUAGAACUGGGUGCUAUAUGAUGGUUAAGGUGGUAAUAAAAAGAGUACUAAUGGGACAUGGGUUUACGUAGAUGAUCAGUUCAGAAUAUAUGAUUAAAUGGUAUUUAGAUCUUGCAAUUACCUAUUCUAAUGCAAACUAAUUGACCCAGAAUUUGAUAAAAAUGACGAUAAUGUUGAAAAUGAUAUGUACUUGGCUUUCUAAUUGGACAAUAACCAUCACCUCAGAACCUUUUAAAAUUAGUGA